AAGAGAGAUAAUAAUACAAAACAACAGAAAAAAAAACACUUAUACUAGAAACUCCACAAACAACAACAACAACAACAACAACAAACCGGAAAAAACAUAUCGAGUUACUGAAAUGACGAGAACUCCGUGACUCAACACCACCACCACCACCACCACCACCAUCAUCAUCAUCAGCCAGCAACAUGUGGGCCGUGGCUAAGGAUCGCGGGCGUGGGUGUGAGCGCGGGCGUCCGUGGUGGGCGUGGUGGCAGGGCGUGAUAAGGUGUGGGCUGCUGGUGUGGGCGGCCCUGCUUCUGCUGUCCUGCUGUGUGUCACCUGCUGCCGCUGAAGGGACUCAGUGUGGGCGGCCGGGGCGUCCUGUCAACGGUACUGUCUCCACCUCGGGACGGUUCUACUUCCCUGGAGAGCACGUAGCAUACAAGUGUCUGGAGGGCUUCGUGCUGUUCGGCCCCGAGGAGCGAACCUGCCUUAAGAACGGUUCCUGGAGUGAAGACGUGCCCCUGUGUGACUUCAACCUGGCGAGGGGGAAGCGAGCCCUGCAGAGCGCCACCCUUUGGUCCUACGUGCCCGAGAUGGCUGUGGACGGCAAUUCUGACACCUGUUCCUUCACCCCCCGCGGUCCUGACCCUCGCUGGUGGCAGGUGCAUCUCGGACAUAAGUUUAAUGUGAUCACUGUGGGAGUUACCAUUAGUCCAGGGUCAGUGCAAGAGUUCACCAUCUAUGUCAUUGAACUUCUAACUGACAACAAGGCACUCUACAAACCCUGCACCACUUUCAAGGGGGUGUUUCAGACUCGCAAGGCUCUGUUCCACUGCAACGAUGGACUGGGACACCCUGGGCAGUUCGUGUACAUCAGAGACGACAGGGAGGACCAGGAGUACUUUGGCCUGUGUGAGGUGGAGGUGUUUGCCUUCAGAGAGCGCAUACCCUGUGGAGAGCCUGAGGUGCCCGUAGAAGGAGAGGUGGAGAGGGAAGGGGAAGGCAAGGCAAGAUAUUCCUGCAGGCCGGGCUUUAGACUGGAGGGUGAUGAGGUGUUGACUUGCUCAUCUAAAGGCAAAUGGCAGGGACAGUCACCCAAAUGCAAAGAGUCACAAUGCCCCACACCGGCCCAGAUCACCAACGGCUUCAUGGAGGUGGCCAACUUCAGGGGUGUGUAUGGCCAUGGCACAGUGGUCACCUACACCUGCAGCCCCGGGUACCGCCUUGUCGGGGCCGCAUCCCACACCUGCAACCACACCGGCCAGUGGAGUGACGAUCCGCCCACUUGUAAAGCCGUGACGUGUGGCCCACCUCCAGUGUUCAGCAAUGCCCGGCACAUCCUGCUCAACUCCUCAACAAGCUGGAACGGCAUUGCUGUGUACACCUGCACUGAUGGGUACCGUCUCCACACAGACACAAAGGACACCGUCACCACCUGCCUGGAGGAGGGGAAGUGGCGGGCCGUCAAUGUGACCUGCGUACCUAUUGAAGUCCCUAGCUCACCGCCCCUGGCUGGCCUGAGGGAGGGAGAGGGACGGGCGCUCUCCUUUGACCUGGCACAGAUACCCCAGGGGGAGACGCAGGGCACACAGGGGCUGGUGGUAGCGCUGGCGGUGGUAGCGGGACUGCUCACUGCUGCCAUGCUGGUGGUGGGAACGCUGCUGGCUCGCCGACACCUCUCCUCCUCCUCAGGGUCCCUCCGCUCCCUGGUCAAGGCAUCCAACAGCAAGGAGUCGGCCAUGAAUGGAGGCAUCGUGGGUCCCCAGCACCCAUCCUUCUCCCCGGCAGGCAGCAGCGUCACCCUGGGUCCCACCGAUGCUGAGGACCCUCCCCCUCCAGCAGACACUCUCAGGUCCUCCCUCUACCAACAAAACCUCCUCAACCUGCCCCUCCAGCCACCCUCACAGAUGACUUCCAUCACAGAGUCAGAGCUGGAUGAUGACCCUAACUACGCACACAUUGUUGGGGGCCAUGAACCGCCCUAUGAGAGGGUGCGGAACCGCUCCGAGCACAGCUAUGAGACGCUGCGCAAGAAAUCCAUCACCUCGGACAUGGAGAGCGACAUGGAGAGUAUGCGGGAGGAGCAGCAGGACAAGGACAGCGAUGGGUAUGAGUCGGUGUCCAAGGACCGGGAGCCAAGCUAUGAGGCAGUAGAGGGCAGCCACCACGACUAUGAGACGCUCAAGAACAAAGACCCUGGCUAUGAGGUGGUGCAGAACGGCCACGACCAUGGUUAUGAGACCGUUGCUGAGGCCGGCCGUCCCCCACACAGCUAUGAGACUCUCAAGCCCCGUCCUCCACCCCCAAGAACAGAGAGCCAGUCCUCCACCUCCACUCCCACCUCCCCAUCCUCCCUUGAGGCUGAGCCAGUCCCUGACAUUCUGCAGGACCUCACAGCCAUGGCGGGCGCAGAGGGUAUCCCGCCAGAGAUCCAGGCCCUCUAUGCACGUGUGGACAAGAGUAAGAAGAAGUCCAGGAGACUCCCAGCCACUCUGAAGGGAGGCGGAGAGGGCCGCAUCUCCCCUCUCACUCCACCACAGUCCCCCGUCUCUACUGCCUCAUCCACACUCUCCUCUCCCUCCACCAAAGACGCCUUCCCUGCGGAGAGAGGGAGUGAGGGUGGCUCUGGCCCACCCAGCGCAACCAAAGACCUCAUCCGCAAGUUCAACCGCCUCAACAGUGAUGAGGAGUCCAGCCAGUCCCAGCCCAGGAGUCGGCAGGGCAGCGUGGCUAGCGACACUGGCAGCCUCAGACCCCUGCCGCCCCUCCCUGGAAGCCCCCGUGCAGGCCCCCCUCUCACACCCUGCUAGCCAUCACCUCAGUGUGUUACCCAUAAGCUGUAAUAGUUACCAGAGUGCAUAACUUGGACACCAUGUUGUAUCUAACCACCUGUCUAUCUGUAUGCCAGGCUGACCUCCCAGCCAUACAUAAUCUAAGUUAAAGGCUUCAAUACUCAGUGCUGUACAUAAUAUAUUGAUAUAUAAUCAAUAAUCCAUGAUAUAUAUUGAUCUGAAGAAAUACCUGUAAAACAUCCUAAGCUACAGAUAAUUAGUGUGUAUACAUUAAUUAAGUAUGAUGUGAUGUUAAAUUCUACAAGUUUAAAACAGUAACUCAGGAGUCACCAUCUUUCCUUUGUAAUGUGAUGAGUAUGUGUGUAUGUGUGCCUUGUUUGGGUACAACAUAUAGACUUUAUGUAUCUAUAUAUCAGGCAAGGCUUCAAGAUGUUUAUCCUUCUGUUUUCUAUAGUUUUUGACCUCUAUAUAGAAACUGAUGUCUUAGUGGGACUUCUUUAUUCAUUUUGUUAUCCUUUACUAUUAUCCUCUUACUUGACAAAAGCAAGGGAAAAGGAAUAAAAAGUGGGCCAGACAAGGCACCAAACACUCACACACGUACCUUUGCCUCACUCACAUUGAAAAGACACCAGGCAAACAUUUGAUCCAUAAGAGAAUUUUGCUGUGUUAAUGUUGAUAAUUCAGUUGUUGAAGUACACGCAAGGAAGGACAUUUUUCCUCACUGUCUCAAGUUUCAGAAUAUUAAAUAAAAAUUAGUCAAAAUGGAAGCUUAGAAAAGAACAGAAAUUGAAAUAUAAUGUUUUUUGUAAUAUAUAUUUUUAUACUCGACCAUAUUGUAUCAAAACUAUGUAUAUUCAUGUAUAUUCAACACUUAGCCUUAGACACUUGUGAUAUAUUAAUGUAUAAAUGUGUAUAUAUUUAUUUCCAUCAUGUCAGUCAGUCAGUCAGUCAAUCAGUGAAAUGUUGUGUAAUUCAGUUAUUUAACCAUUUUUUUUCACAACAGGUAUAUUUUUAAGAUAAUUUAUUUGUCAGUUUUUAUUUCAACCAAUUCUUUAAUUCUUAACCUCAGCUCAAACUUCAUUUACUAAUUGUUUGCUACACUUUCCCUUUUUGUCUUAAGUUCUUGUCUUGUUUCUUUGAUUUUGCUUUGUUUUUACUGCAAUUUGUUUGACUUUGCAAUGUUGCUGUUCUGUUUCUUCAGUCUUUGCUUGUUCUUGUCUGAUUUCUGCUACUAGGGAGGGUGUUCCUCUUCCUCCUGUGAUGACCCUCGCCCCUGAUACCUCAUCCAACUUACAUUUUUCUCUUCCUUUUUUAACCUUAAGACCACUGCAUCCCUUUUUAACUGAAUUAAUCUCUUCAUAUUUAUCCACUCUAAAUUCUCUGUGUUUAAUUUCUUGUUGUAUGAAAUCCACAUAUUUUUGGGGGCUUCAUUUCUUGUUCACUCAAACCUCACCUUUAUUAUUUUUUUCUUUCAGUAAGCUCCACCAGUACAGAAUUCAAUUGAUUUAAACACUCCAUCUCUCUACUUAUGAAUUUUCAUCUAGUAACCUCUACUAACAUUCCUAAUAUUAUAGAAUUCAGUUGAUUUAGACCCUCCUCCUCUUUUAGCUUUAAUUUUUCAUUUUAUGGACUUCAUCAGGAACCUUUAAGUUAUAAAAUUGACUUCAUUUAAACACCAUUUUUUAUUACCUCAUAAAACCACCUCUUUUCAUCUACUUUAUCCACUUAAAUACUUUCAAAAUUUUCUUCCUGUUAUACCCCUAUCCACUUGUCACAUCCAUCUGUUCUUCCACCUUUCUCAUUUCCCAUCUCAUUCAUAUGCCUCUGUGACUUAAUUUAGACAUUAUCUUUCCUUACCUGACAAAACAACCUCCUUUGAUCUACUUUCUUUUUUUUUAAUCUUAUCCCCCUCAGUACCACAAUGCAUUUUCAUAUUCAUUCUGUUUAAUAUUUGGUAAUUUUAUAGACCUUCAUAAACUUAUGUGGGGAUUAAAAUAGUGAAAACUCUGGCCAUUAAUCUUCUCCAUACACCCUUUCUAAUGUAAAUAAAAUUGUCUAAUCCUGUCCAAAACUAAAGGUAGAAAUGCAUCCUAGUAUUGAAGGAGUUAAGAUCACUGCACUCCUUUUUAACUUCAUUAUUCUCUUCAUUUUUUCCCCUCCAAUCUCUACAUCUUUUAUUUCUUGUCUUAUGAAACCCAUAUAUACUAUCUUAAAGCUUUAUUUCUUGUUCAGUCAAACCUCAUCUUUAUUUUUUUCUUAAUUUUCUUCCUGUUAUACACCCAUCCACUUGUCUUAUCUAUUUAUCUUUCCUUUCUCAUUUUCCAUCUCACUCAUAUACCUCUGUGACCCAUUUCUAACCUAAAUAGGCUCACCAUUACACCAGCACUUUGUUGUCACUGAACCAGCUAUGCCCAAGGUACUGUAAAUUCUAAAACUGUAAUUGCUUUGUGUAUGUGAAGGAAAGUAUUAGGGAUAUUUUGUGUAUGACUUGACAUGUAUAUAUGCCACAAAACAAUGCCAUUUAUUAAUAUA